CUGCUUCCGGAACGGAUGCGAGUGAUCGUUUCCGGGUGGGAGGUGAUGCUGCUGUCUGAUAUGGUGGCGGUGUGGCUGUGUGUGUGCAGGCUGAUCCGACUGUUGUGGUCGUUGCUUAUCCCCGGGUUAUUUCUCGGUGGAGCCCUGUGCCUCUGUUUGGUCGUGUUGCUGUGGGGAGUGCGGCUGUGGCUGCAGCACAGGAAAGAUCAGUCGGCCUCUGCAGGGCAGGAUGGGAAGCGUCAGCUGGUGGUUGCCUUUUUUCACCCGUAUUGCAAUGCAGGCGGUGGUGGGGAGAGAGUGCUGUGGUGUGCCCUAAAGACACUGCAGAAAAAAUACAAAGAUGCAACUUACGUUGUUUAUACAGGUGACAAAAAGGUCACUGAAGAAGAGAUUGUUAAUGGUGCUUUCAGAAGAUUCAGCAUCAGAUUAACUCAUCCUGUGAAGUUUGUGUUUCUAGAAAAACGCUAUCUUGUGGAAGCUUCUCUUUACCCAUAUUUCACUUUGCUGGGUCAGAGUUUAGGAUCCAUGUUUCUUGGCUGGGAAGCUCUGCUAAAAUGUGUUCCUGACAUUUACAUUGACACAAUGGGCUAUGCCUUCACACUUCCUCUAUUUAAGUACUUAGGAGGCUGUUGUGUGGGGUGUUAUGUGCAUUAUCCCACUAUCAGCACUGACAUGCUUUCUGUAGUUAGGAAUCAGAAUACCAGCUACAACAAUACUGCCUUCAUUACAAAGAAUCCUUUUCUCAGCAAACUUAAACUUGUCUAUUACUUCUUUUUUGCUUUCCUGUAUGGAUGGUUUGGUUCUUGCAGUGAUGUUGUUAUGGUUAAUUCUUCAUGGACCCUAAAUCACAUCCUUUCCCUCUGGAAAUCUGGGGCUUACAUUAGUAUUGUGUAUCCACCUUGUGAUGUCCAGACAUUCCUGGAUAUUCCAUUAGACAAGGAAAAGAGCACAGCAGGACAUUCCAUUGUGUCUGUGGGCCAGUUUAGACCUGAAAAAGACCAUCCCUUGCAAAUCAAAGCCUUUGCAAAGUUGUUGGAAAAGAAAACUCUGGGGCAACAGCCUUUGCUGAAACUCAUUCUGAUUGGGGGCUGUCGUAACCAGGAAGACGAACAGCGUGUGAAUGGACUUAAAAAGCUUUGUGAAGAGCUAGGUGUCGAUAGAAAUGUGGAGUUCAAAGUCAAUAUUCCAUUUGAGGAGUUAAAGAAGUACCUGGCAGAUGCAACAAUUGGUCUGCACACCAUGUGGAAUGAGCACUUUGGGAUUGGAAUAGUUGAAUGUAUGGCAGCUGGAACGAUUAUCCUGGCUCACAAUUCUGGUGGUCCCAAACUAGAUAUUGUGGUACCCUAUGAAGGAAAUAUUACAGGAUUUCUGGCAGAAAAUGAGGACACUUAUGCAGAGACCAUGGCUCUCAUCUUGUCUUUGUCACCUGAAAAGAGUCUGGAAAUAAGAAAAAAUGCUCGCUGUUCUGUAAGGAGAUUUUCUGACCAAGAAUUUGAAGUUGCAUUCCUAUCAUCUGUGGAGCAAUUAUUUAAAUAAAUUGUAUGUGUACUUAUAUAAAAAAGUAGUCUAUAUAUGACUUAAUCAUCUAAUAAUAUUUUUCUAAAGUGGGGCUGGCCAGCUGCCUAAACUCGUCUUGUAAAUCAUUCGGCAUUUUGAAGACAACUUUGCAUUAAGUUAAUCCAGGUUUGCCUUAUCUGUUAUGGCACCCCUUAUUAUUGGAUCCUAUUUUUGAAGAUGAAUGCUCUCUUAUAGUGAUUUAAUCUCUUUCUUUGAUAACAUCUAAACAGGGAAUGUUCCCAUGCUUCAACUAUUUAUUUGAUAUCUAUGGGCUGGAUGGCAAAACAUUAUUCUGUACUUCCCAGUGAUAGCUGUCUCUUGUAAGGCAAGAUGUAUGCUCCCUUUCUGGUAUCAAAACCUUAAUUUUUUAAUAAAUGGCAGAAUCAUCCUUGACACAGAAAGAAACACUGUCAUAGAUAUAUUUCCUAUAUUGACUUAUUGGU